AUGAUAAUAUUUAUAACAGGUGCAGAUCAUGGUAUCGGAAAAGAAUUAGCGAUUGGUUAUGCAUCGUUAGGAGCAACAGUCAUAUGUUGGGAUAUUAAUGAAGAAACUAACUAUCAAACAAUGAACGAGAUUAAAAUGAUGGAGAAAGGCGCUGUAUACGCAUAUCAGUGUAAUGUAGUGGACAGAAAAGAAGUCUUUAGGGUAGCUGAAAAAGUGAGAAAAGAAGUUGGCGACGUUACUAUUUUAGUCAACAAUGCCGGUAUAGGAUUUUUCAGAGCACUCUUAAAUAACAGUGCCGAUAAAAUUACACGAGUUAUAGAUGUCAAUUUAAAAUCGCAUUAUUGGACGUUGCAAGCAUUCCUACCAAGUAUGAUUGAAAAGAAUCAUGGUCAUAUUGUGGCAGUCUCAUCAUUAGCAGCAUUUAAAGGCGUUGCACGUGGUACGGUUUAUUGUCCCACAAAAUCAGCGAUCAGAGCACUGAUGGAAGCUAUCAGCGAUGAAUUACGUAUACAUAGCAAAGGAAAAUCUUUGAUUAAAUUUACUACCGUCUUUCCGACCUUAGUACUUACUGGAAUUCUCAAAAAUCCAAGAUUAAGAUUUGCAAAUAUAAUGAAAGGGCUUACACCACAGGAAGCAGCUUCACUAAUAAUUGAUGCACAAAGACAGAAUUUCCGAGAAAGAAGUAUACCUUCAUAUUGGCUGUCGAUAUCGCGUUUAUUAGGAUUGAUACCCAACAAAGCAUUCAAUUGCAUUUACGAUUUCGUAGAUUUCGGCUGUGAUAUAGAAAAUUAAAGAAUAAAUAUAUAUAUA